AUGUCAACAGAACCAGAUCGUGCUUUCUACGGUUACAAGCAUGUGAUGAUGGCAAACAAGGAACAAGCAAUUGAGACGUUAUUGCUUUCGGAUUCACUUUUUCGAUCGCAAGAUUUGGAAACGAGGAAGCGUUACGUAGCACUUGUGGAAAGUGUACGAGAGCAGAACGGUACGGUGCUUAUAUUCUCAUCGAUGCACGUCUCAGGAGAGCAAUUGAGCCUUCUUACUGGAUGCGCAGCCAUUCUCCGUUUCCCGAUGCCUGACAUUGAAGACGAUACAUUAAGUGAUGAGGAUGAAAACCCUCCCUGA